AUGUCCCCCCGUGCUGUGUUGGUGAAUGUUGCAAGAGAUGGAAUUGUCGAUGAGCAAGCACUGCUCGAAGCACUCAAAUGUGGGGUGAUUUCAGGUGCGGCCACAGAUGUUUACACUACAGAACCUGCUGGGAGAGGCGAUUCCCCAUUGUUAAGCCCAGAAGCAGCCGGGUUGAAUUUGGUACUGACACCUCACCUAACCUGGUAUUCUGAAAGGACGUUGCAAAACCUGCAGACUUUGCUGAAGAGCACGGUUGAGAAGUGGUGUGUCGGUGAGAUCAUCAACCAGGUGCGAUGA